AUGACGGACCAAGCUCCGCUAGGUCCUGCAGGCAUACCAGUCCCGGAUGACGGAGCGAGCAACCUGAGCAUGUCCUUUGAUGGUAAUGCUCCAGGUGAGGACGCCGCUCCCCGGGAGGGUGAGCUCCCGUUGACCACAACCGCACUAAGGCUACAUGACCAUAGGCUCUUUCAGAAGGGUGCAGUUUCCGAGGCCGGUGUCACCACCGGUGCCUCGAGCCGUCAGACUGCGUCCGCGCCUUGGCAGGUUGUGUCCCCUAGUGCUAGACAACCACCGGCCAGCCUUCCGAUAGCAGCCGGAGGAAGCUCAUCCCAAGAUAUUAGUCCGUCAGCCCAGAGUCUUUUCCCACCGACCUCCUCGACUAUGAACAGUUUGACAAUCGGCGAUCAGCGAAUCCUGCAGAAUCAAGCAAACAUUAGCAAUGUGUUUGUUCAGAACGACAGGUCGCCGUUACUCGAGCAAAUAGCUGAACAUCGCCACAAUCAGAUCAUUGGUCAGAUCGCAAACAAUUUUCAGGAGCAACUCCAAGCAAUGGGUAUGAAUGUCAUGUCGGGAGUGUCACAACUCAGAGUUGAACUUGCUCAGGCCGAAACCAGAUUAGGUAGUGAGGAGACACAGGCCAGACAGAGAUUGGCAACAGGUCAGUCGCAGCUUGACUCGCAGGCCAAUGAGAUCAACGUGGCACGAGGUGAAGCUCAAGCUUUGGCCCAAAGACUAAGCGCUGCUGAGAGCCACGCUGACGCUACCUACGCUAGGUUGCGUGAUCAACUUCACCAAGCGGAAGCUAAGGCCGUCAGCAACGCGGAUCUCCUCAAUGCUGAAAUGGACAGUGCCCGUGUCGCCGCUGCUCAGGCAACACAUGCAGUUCAGGCGACAUCUGAGGUUGAGAUUUCACGCUUGACUGCUGAAGUUAGGGAUUUCAGGGUGAUGAUGAGUCACGAGUCAGAGAAGAGAAAGAUGGCUGAAAAGGAGAAUGCUGAACUGAAAUCGCAGCUAAACCAGGCCAUCGCGGCUCUGCAGGCUCAUGCAAGCGCAACGGGGUCCGCCCCAUCUGCGCCACCGGGUCUGAUCCCUACCUAUCCCAUCAAUACUCCGCCUCAGGACGCCAAAGGGUCAAGGCCCCGACGCCACCCUGACGGGGGAGGCCCUGAUGGAGAUGAUGACGGCAGCGAUGAUGAUGACUCGAGCAGCAGUCAUAAGAAGAAAAAGAGCAAGAAGAAAGACAAGAAAAACAAGAAGAGGGAUUCCAGUUCCUCUUCUGAUCUCUCGCCCAAGCAGCUCAAGGCAAUCAUCAAGCAACUUGCCAAAGGAAAGACUAACGAGAAGGAGGAAGUUGAUGAGGAUGUAAACAAGACCAAAUCCAAGGAGGCCGAGAAGAUCCUGUUCCCCAAGUUCCCGACACCUGAACAGUACAGGAACUGGCGAAUUAGGGUUCGUGAAGCUGUAGUUGCAGCGUCCAAUAAGCCGGAUGAAGCUUUUGAAUGGCUUUCGAAGGUAUGGGACAAGGACUCUAAGGAAGAAGAGUUAAGGGACACAGGUGGCUUCUCUACUCUCGAUGCCAAGGUCUUGUCGGCAGUGACAAAUGUCCUUGAAGGUGACUUCGCGCGCCAAAUGGACACCCUCAAGGAGAGGGAGGCUCACGCCGGGAGGCUAGUGAGGGGUAGACAAAUCCUGUUUCUCCUUCAUCAGCACUUUGCUACAAACAUCCUACACAAUUCCGUGUAUGACAUGGAAGACCUCCUUUCAGUGACAUUGGUAAACGAAAACCUUGUGAUGUUCGUUAGGAACUGGGAUACGGUGCUUUCAGGCAUUCAGACCACCCCUGAAGACAAGGUUCUCGAACCGCUCUUUCAUAGGCAGGUAAAGAAAUGCAAAGCACUUCAGCACGAUAUUGCCAUCUAUGAAAGGGCUGCCGAAGGCUCCAGUGAAAGAUCGUUUAAAUUUCUCUACGACGCCGCCAAUAGCCACUUGAAUCGAAAAAGGCUCGAGAGGAACCGGGAGCGGAUUGCCAAGCAAACUGGAGCUCCUGCUGUUCCUACUGCGCCUGCACCCAAGAAAGUACCCAAAGGGUUUUGCAUCUCUUUUGUCAAGAACGGCAGUUGCAAGAAUGGUGGCAGUUGUAAAUACAAGCACCAGACGCCCAGCGGACGUGGCAGAUCGCAGUCACCCGGCGGAGGCCGAGGGAGAAGUCCUUCAAGACCCAACUCCCCGUCAGGAAAGCCUCGAGUGUGCAAGUUCUACAAACAAGGUCGUUGCGACCGUGGAGAGAAUUGCAAAUUCAUGCACACCGGAAAGCCAGGUGCCGCUGCUACACCCGACGGAAGUCAGAAGGGAUCUGCGCGCCCUGACAAGGGCAAGGACAAGAAGAAGAAGAAGGAACGCAAGGGCUCCAGGGCUAGCUCCAAGGGUUCUAAGGGAAGCAAGGGUUCGAAAGGAUCACAUGGCUCCGGGAACUCGAAGGGCUCAGCUCGAAGGAGGAGUGGCGGACCUUCUCUCCCUGCAGCAGUUUGCCUUCUAGGAGCAAUGAUGGCCGGCACGGCUUCCCAAGCCGACGCUUUUACUCUCCGGAAGGAUGAGUCGUACUGGCCCCCUCAGUGUUCCACUGACAUGCGUUUGGCGCUACCAGCAGUGUCUUUUGACAACAGCCCAAUGUACAUCAACUUCCCACUCAGAGAUGGAGAGCUUAAGUUCCCUGUUGAGAAUCCUCAGCGCAGGUAUGACAAGAAGUGGUCUGUUGACUACAUUCCCAAGCCAGACAAUCAAUCCACCAGAGAUGCACUUAUGGCCGCUCGCAUGUUGAGAGCUACGGUCAAAGACAGUCUGGAGGACAAACCAAGCCGUUGCAAUUACUGUUGCGAUACGGAGUUUGGUUGCAACUAUUGCAUUCCAAAAGGGUUGAGAGUGUCUUGUCCCGCUAAGGUUCAACUAUCAUCAGAAUCGCCACCCAUCGAAUGGAUUGGUGACACAGGGAGUGCUCAGGAUCUCAUCUCAGAGCGGGAGCUUGUGAAUCUGCAUCCGUACGAAUCGGACUGCCCAAUCAACAUUUGCACUGCGAAUGGACCGAGUUACGCAGGCACGCAAUGUGAUGUAGGGAUACCAUCCCUCAACAGCAUAGCCAAGCCUUAUGUUCUCCCCGACACUCCCAAUGUUCUUUCAGUAGGACAGAGAUGCAUGGAUCUGGGUUACGACUUCAUUUGGAAAGGAUUUCAGAGACCCUAUUUCAGGAGUCCGGGAGGUGACAAGGUUUUCCUUGAUGUGAAGGAUAACGUUCCGUACUUGAAGUCUUGGAAGGAGGGUAUCGCUUGUCCUGCCCAUUCAAGACACGAGUCCACUCGGAUCGAUACGGAUGAUGCUGUUGAGACCAUCACCAACCCUGAACAGAUUGCCGCGCAACUUAUCCAGGAGCAGGAUUUCUCCCAUCAGGCAUGCUUGCGAUUGCUGAAGGACUCAAACUUUAAGCAAUCUAGGUUCAACAGGAAAGCCAUCAAACCGAAGGACAGUAAGGACUCGAAGUACAUGAUUUUCGGGGCUUUUUCACAUGGGGGGAUGCAAGGGAUAACCAAUCGCACUCAUUCCUACCCCAAGGUGAUUAAGUACCUUCUGUCCUAUCUUAAACAUCAUGGAGCGGAUGGCCCAAUAACAUCGAUUGCUGUCAAUCAGAACUCAGGCGUUAAAAUGCACAAGGAUGUCAACAAUCACCGUGAACACCUCAACUACACCAUUGCAGUCGGCGAUUUCACCGGAGGCGAAUUGUGGAUUCACGAUGACACCAUCCGGAAGGAUGAGCCAGGUUGCAUCAACAAGAUCGCCCCCACUGGUGCCAAACUGGGAGGUCGUUUGCACAGGUCGAAGUCGAAGAUCAUUUCCUUCGAUCCAAAGACUUUCCAUUGCGUCACUCCCUGGAAGGGCGAGCGUUGGAGCAUCACGGGAUACGUCAAUCGCGCUGUGCACAGGCUGGAUUCGUAUCAGCUAGAGAAGCUUAAAUCACUGGGGUUCUUGCUGCCGAAACAGAAGAACUUCCCUCCAGCAGUGCCUGCGGAAAUCGAUGAGGAGAUGGCUCUUUACGAGUUAGCGACUAUGGAUCCUCCAGCUCCGGCCCCAGAACCGAAAAGCAAGCCUAAAGUGAAGUUGAAAAAGAAGCCUGAGGAACCCUCAGACAAGAAGAAGAUUGCCAAAGAAGCCUCCAAAGCCGAACCACCUUCGGAUGAACCAGAUUGGUCAACAGUCGAGGGGUUAUUGAAAGAAGCUGUUGCCCCCAUCCCUUCAUCUCCGGAUGAAGAGUUCCUUGAUGAAACGGAACUGAUCAGGUACGAACGUGUGCAACAAGGUCUCGCUGCCGAUGCCCUCGAGCGACCAGCGACGGAGUCACUCCACAAUCAGGAGAAGGCCAUUGAUGAUGAGGCUCGAGAGCAAGCUUUGAGAGAUCUCGAGGCCCAAGCUUCUCUUGACGUUGAAUGGGAAAAGUUGAUGAAGAAGAAAGCCUGGGACAUGUCAUCUGUUCGUGAAUGGGAAGAAGUCUCUAAAGAGGCAGCCAAAAGAGGAAAGAAGGCCCACGUUGGCAAAAUCUUUGAAAUCUGCGUGGAAAAGGGCAGUGAGCUUCCUAAAGGGAAUCCCUUACGGAAGUUCAAGGGUAGGACCGUCUUUCAGGGCAACAAUGUGAAGGACGAGAACAAUGACACCGCUCUCUUUAGUGAGCUGGGCUCUAGUCCCGCCACCAUGGAAGCGGGUAAGGUUCUCGACGCCUAUGGCCAUGCCCCCGGCCACGAUGUGGAACAGGGGGAUGGUAAACAGGCGUACACGCAAACGACUCUGAAAGGCGCUGACACUUGGGUCAGGCUCCCACGUGAGCGUUGGCCUAAGGAGUGGGUCGGCAAGUUUAGGGACCCCGUCGUCCGCCUCAGAUUGGCUCUUUACGGGCACCCAGACAGCGGGGGCUUCUGGGAGCAACAUUGCGAAAAGCGCUUGCGGGAGGUUGGUUUUGAGCUCGUGUUUCCCGCUGCAUGGCCAUCUGUCUUUUAUCAUCCCACAUUGAAGCUUUUAUUAGCCGUGUAUGUAGAUGAUUUCAAGAUGGCCGGGCCAAAAGAGAACAAUCCAGAAGUGGAGAGCCUAAUCUACUCAAUGAAGUGGGGGUAUCACCUCGACCAGCUCAUCGAUGAGGCGCUCAAGCACCUUAACGAGGCGAGGGAUCACCACCCGGAAGGGGCGGCUACCCACAUCAUUUUUGGAUGGUCAGGAAACGAUGUAUGGGGCCAACACGGCUAUCAUGGCUACACUUGGCAUCUUCAGAGCAAGUUCACAAAGCGAACAGCCGAGGAGCUCGAGCAGAUUGACACUUGGCCUGCAAAGCAGAAGCUUCGUGUUGAUCGGGCGUGUGAGAGAGCGUGCAAGCUCCUCCACCGGACUGACGUCUCGGGUGUGUCUUUCUUGAUGGGCAGCCAUCACUCCUGUUUCUUCCCGGUCGGGGAGCUCUAUGACAGGUGCAUGAAGAAUCACGCCCGAGAUCUGAUGAGCGGAGGAUGCACCAUCAUUGACCCUGUGGAGCUCUAUGAGCAGACCAGCAGGCCUGAUGGCUUCCACGCUGACGCGUCGGAUCAAAAUCUGCAGAGCACCCUUAGGUGGCACGCGGCGAUGCUCCGCGGCAUACUCACAGAUUACCGCCUUCUCGCUGUUGAGCAGCAACUCAUCGCAAAUCAAAGAGAAGCCGUUUUUCAUGCACACUUUGUGUUGAACAAGCCCGAACCGUUCCUCACCGUGCCCCCUGCGUCCGGUAGAAUCCUUUCCAAGAUUGUCGAUUCACCGGACCCACCUCUGGCGAGGGAGGCAGAAGAGGAGAUUGUGUUGGCCGGUCCACUCCUGGCGGAGGCGGAGUACGAAGUUGUCGACGACGACUCGGCUCAGAGCUGCAAUCCGCAGCCCAUCACUGAGUUAGACUUUGCCAGGAAUGACACCAGGCCUGGCGCAGGUUGCGUCCUCGCGAUUGAAGACAGCGACCCGAUCAACGUGGUUGCUGAGGAACACCUCGUCAUGGCCAACCAAGCGGCAGAGGGCAUCACGCAGGAAGAACUCACCGCGGUCGCGGCUGAAGAGGAAAUUACCCUCCUCAGUCAAUUCGUGGAGCAGGAUGAUGAUCCAUAUGAGAAUGCCGACACCUACUCCUUGAAGAGAGCUGAAGUGGUCGCGCCUCCUUCUCCCGUGGUCGUCAUCAGUGACCCCGACGCCCCUCAGCCGAGCGAGGCCGUUUCUCAGGCACCCCUUGUCCCCAAGGCAAAGCCGAGGCCUCCCACGCUGCCGCGUUGGGUUACUGCCGAUCAGCUCCCCGAUCUGCCGGAUGAUUACCGUUUCCUCACGGAGAACGCCCGGGUCUGCUUGUCGAAGAAGAUGUCCUUCCUUGCCCGGGGAUUCGCCAAUCGGCGAGCGCCAGAAAUGGCGGUCCACAUCUCAGCCAGGGACAAUUCUAUUGAAUGGUCCGAAUUUUUCGAGAAGUUGGGAAUGAUGUGGAGAGGCCUCCGUGUGGAGCACGUGGUGGACGUCCUCAAAUCCACUCACGACAAAGUGCGGUUCGAAGUCAAGGUUGUCAUUAAACCCGACAGGGAGGUCCAGCUGCGUGCCUUUAGAGCGAUUCAGGGGCACGACGGCAUACUCCUCUCGGAAGAGACGGACGUGAUGGCACUGAACACCCACUCGCUCAACUUCCAUGAGUACCGGCACUACAUCACUGACAUGACAAGGCCGUACCAAAUCGCCCAUGAAGAGAACCUCACGGUUGAAGAUGAGAUCAUCAGGCUCGAGGACCUCAAGUUCGCCGACAACGCACCGCGGCCCGAGCCACUGGCGGAAGCCAAGUGGGGUUCCACGCUCAAGGUGUGGUUCUCCGCAAAGGGCAUCCGAGUGGAUCGAAAGCACCGCUCCGAGCUCGACCAUUUCAUCGUCCAGGAGCUUGUUUCCUUUCCCUGGUUUUACUGCACCAGUUGCCGUAAACAUUACAUCGAUGGAAUGAUUGAGUGCCAGUUCUGCGGCUCCAGAAUCGCAGCUGAGAGUGACAUGGCACAUGUUGCCGAACCCAGCAAACGACGCCUGGAGUCCUCCCGGAAGGGACGGAACAUCGACAUCAUGUCGAUCGCCCCCCGGCCGGGGUUGGCAAUGAACCGGCACCGUGCAGAGCGAGGAACGCGCGAAGCACAAGAUCAAAGUCUCCCUGCAGCAGUACGCAGCAAAUGCGUGAGCAUGAGAAAAUCGGCAAUGAAGAGGGGAGGCCAGUCGAUCGCUGACGCUCUCACCAAUCCCCUCGACGCCUACAAUUUUGCGUCCCGUGGUAUGGGUAUCACUUCAUUGGCCCAGCUGGACAUGUUCGCCCAUUUGCACAAUCCAGCACCCGGGGCUGAUGCCAACGAGAGGAGAGCAUUCGCUGGCACUCACCGGGCUGACGCCAGAGUCUCAAUCGCCUAUCGUCCGGGAGACGACCGAGUCUCAUUGGAUGAAGCUUUCUUUGUGGCCUUUCAGUCAAGGCUCUAUCUCAUUGAUGAGAUAUCCAUGAUCAUCUAUGCCACCCAGCAGUCCCCGGAAGGGCGACAGAGACCCUUCACGAUUCUCUCUUACGAUGGUGACUUGUUCACACCAAGGGUAGGCACCGUCUCAGAAGUGAUGGCGGAGGUCAGUCGUUUCUUCCAGGAUCAACUUCCCCUGAGCGGAAGCCGUCAGGAUCCUGCACCACGCCACGUGGACUUGGCUCGAUCUCUCCGCAUCCCUGACGGGUUUGCUUGCCUCGGUCAGACCCAAUUGAAUGAGCUGCUCCGCGAUACCAGGUUUUACCAGCGGCAUCUGCACUCCAACCGUGUCGAGCCGGAGUGGCUACCGCCCACCGACAGCAAAGUACGGGCCUUCUAUGGGAGCGAGGGAGCGCACGCCGUCAAGGGCUACAUCGAGGGGCAGAUCUCCAGGUCUCAGCUCAGCAAUGCCUGCGAGGCCACCGCCACAGCGCAGGGCUUCGACCCCGCGGCCUCCGCCAGUGCGACGCCCGGGUUCCCCUGGAGAGGAGAAUGGUUGGCCGAGAGGCGCAGCCGAGUCGAUGUCGAGAUUGGGAAAAGGCUCAGCAUUCUUCAGGAACUCUUUGCUGACCUUCCAGAGCACUACCCUUUCGACCAUGAUGGUGAUCUCAUCGACCCGACGCGGACGCGCUCGAGCACCUGGACCCUUCUUGACGGGUACUACUGGGCCAUGCUCAAGGCCCGGGAUGCGCACUGGGUGUCGGAAGAAGAGGUGGUGAACGCCCUUCCUGCUUGGGGAAACCCAGGGGGGAUCGUCGUCUACGAUUACGACCACGUGUUGUGGUAUCUCAGAGGUACGACUGUAGCGAACAUCGUUUGUCUUUCCUCAACUUUUGACGCCUCUUACGACGAGCUUCUCCGAGAGAUCGACCGCUUCCGGCAGAUGGCUGCGAUGGUGACGCAAAGCUCACUGGGUUCUGAAGGGCUUCUAGAGGAACGCGAUCGGGUGCAGGCGCGGGUCUCGGCACGAGCAGAUUGGGGCUGCAGAGCUGUUCCAGCAGAAGUCUGCGUGGCCGAAGAUGGCGCGACUAUUUCUCCUGGCACCGUGUGUGUUGGUUGCCGCAGUGUUGGCACUGCCGCCUCUUGGCUGGUGAAUCCCUUGUCGUAA